CUUCACCAGACCACAGAGGUGAUGAACACUUGCUCUCAUGCCCGUUACAGCCUCUGACCAGCUGAAUGGGACGGAGAUGGGAAAGGACAACACUGGCCUGGCCUCCCAGCCACCCCUCCUCAGCAUGCCGGCGUUCUCGGAUGUGCGUCGUGAGCAGUGGGCACGGCGGGUGCUGCUGGACGAGGCGUGCGCCUCUCACCGGCAGCAGGGUGAGGGUCCGCGCCGGCUGCUGACCGCCAGCGACCUGCGGCACCUGGUUGUGGAUGACCGGCACGGCCUGCUGUACUGCUACGUGCCCAAGGUGGCGUGCACCAACUGGAAGCGGGUGCUGCUGGUGUUGGCCGGGCAGGCGGCACAACCGCUGGACAUCCCUGCGGGACGGGCACACGCGGUCGGAGCCUUCCGCACGCUCGACUCCUUCGCCCCGGCCGAGAUCAACCGGCGGCUGCGGACCUACCUCAAGUUCCUGUUCGUGCGGGAGCCCUUCGAGCGCCUGGUGUCCGCCUACCGUAACAAAUUCACCCGCGCCUACAACACCGCCUUCCACCGACGCUACGGCACCCGCAUCAUCCGCCGGCACCGGCGCCGCCCCAGCGCCCGGGCACUGCGCCACGGGGCCGAUGUCACCUUUGCCGAAUUCGUGUGGUACCUGACCGACCCAAGGACACGCCGGGACGGGCCCUUCAACGAGCACUGGGACACCAUCCACUCGCUCUGCCACCCCUGCCUCAUCCGGUACGACGUGCUGGGCCGCUACGAGACCCUGGAGAGAGACGCUCACUACCUGCUGAGCCUCGCCUCGCCCCAGCACCCCGUCACCUUCCCCCGCUCCUCCCGUUCCGUCACCACCACCGGCGUGGCGGCUGCAUACUUCCGCAACGUCUCGCCCUUCUACCAGAGGAAACUCUUCCAACUCUACCGGCUGGACUUUGCCCUCUUCAACUACUCUGUACCCGCCUACCUCAACAUGGGUUGACCUCCCCCUGCCAGCCUAGUUGGGGCCGCGUGCAAUGGGUCAGGACGGGCUCAAUGGGCCGAACAGCCAGCCCCUAUCUUCCUGUCAACUUGCCUCCACUGCCAUCUCUGCGGUCAUAAUGUUUCAGCCGAUGAUCUGGUUUUCAAAGGUCUCCCACGUGUCUGAUGUGGACUUGCCCCAUGGCAACUGUUCCCAAUCCCCUCUCUCCACCCCUGCCCUACAAUCUCGUCAUCUGCCUCUCCCCUGAUUUAGUGCCUUCCCUUCCCCCAGGCCCAGACUCACCUCUAGUUGUAACUAUCAUAAAAGGAUGUACCUUUGGAAAGGAGAUGAGGAGGAAUUUCUUUAGCCAGAGGGUGGUGAAUCUGUGGAAUUCAUUGCCACAGGCGGCUGUGGAGGCCGUUAUUGGGUAUUUUUAAAGCGGUGAUUGACAGGGUUA